AAAUAUUCGGUCGAUUGAUGAAAAAAGGAGGCGAUGUAUUCUCGUCUAUUAUUUCCCUAUCAAAUGCGUAUCAGACUUUGCAAGAGGAUGAUCUAUCUUAAGACUCAUGAUCAAUAUUUUAGUCUGAAUAGGAUACUUCUUCUUGCUAUUGGCCUGUGGCCUUAUCAACAAUCAAACUUCACUCGACUUCAAUUCAUUUUUUUGUCUACUAUUUUAACGUCGAGUUUUAUAUUUCAGUGUACACCCCUUAUUUCACAAAAAUGUACUCCGGAUUUCGUAGCCAAAGUUUUAUCUUCCGCAUCCUUCUUUGCUCUGUUUGUGGUAAAAUAUAAUAUGUUCUGUAUUAAUAUGGAAGCUGUGAAAGAUUUAUUGGAACAAUUACAGCUUAUAUGUAAUGAGUUGAAAGAUAAUAACGAAUUUGCUAUCAUAAACGAAUAUGGAUGCAGUGCCAAACGUGUAACUGCUGCGCUUACGAUAUGUGGUAUUUGCAGCGUAUUUGCUAUUAUUGCCGCUCAAUUUUCGUCGAAAAUUUUCGAUUUUAUAUUACCGAUAAAUGUAUCUCAAAUACAUCGCAUACCAAUUACAGUGGAAUAUUUCGUCGAUCAAGAAAAAUAUUCCUAUUGGAUUUUGCUACAUAUUAAUGUAGCAUUCUGCGUCGGAGCAACUGCAAUGGUAGGAAUAGGAACAACGCUUAUUGCGUAUCUUCAGUACACUUGUGGAAUGUUUAAGAUAGCCAGCUACCGUAUCGAACAUGCAAUGAAUAACAACAUGCUACGAAAUAAUAAUCUGAAGAACAAAUUUUUGAUUUUCGAGGGUUUAAUUUUCGCAGUAGACAUGCAUCGACAUGCUAUGAAAUUGUCCAAACAUUUACUAUCAAGCAUCGAGCCGAUGAUGUUCUGUUUAAUAAUAUUUGGAGUAGCAUCAGUGAGUCUUAAUCUAUAUCGCAUUUUUCAGAUUACAUCUUUAGAUGAUACAUCUUUAAAUGUCAAGGAAUUAAUAAUGCCCUCUCUAUGUGCAGGAAUCACUAUCUUAUACAUGUUCUUAUCUAACUAUAUUGGUCAACAUGUAACGGAUCACAAUCACGACAUAUUUGUUACGGUAUAUAACAUUCGAUGGUAUGUAGCUCCUUUACAUAUACAAAGAAUGGUAUUGUUCCUGCUACAAAGAAAAUCCAAAGAGUUUAUAUUAAACGUCGGAUUAUUUGUUGUAUCUAUAGAAUUUUUCGCCACGCUAGUCAAGACUUCAGUGUCUUACUUUACAGUUAUAUAUUCCACACAAUGACGAGAAUUAAAUCAAGUAACAGCGAGGACGAGAUAUAAUUAAGA